ACUAUUCGUUCUGUUCUUUGCUGAAGGUACAGGGUGACGGAUAACUGGAAAUAACCUCGUAUCCCAUGUGCGAGGUAUUUUGAUGUAUUCAUUCGGUAUUAUGCGCCAGUUAUAACUAUUUAUAAAACUAGCUCGGGGACGGACUAUGCUUGUUAAGAUGGUAGAGCAAACAUUACUCGCAGCAAAUUGGAUAUAUUUCGUCAUCGUUUCUUUCAACACCUGUUAAAAUUUUUGGAAACAUUGUUUCUCCAAUGGAGCAGUCUUGUUUGUGAGAAUUUGUCAACAGUCAGAGCACAUCCAAUUAAACAUGGCUCUUUUAGGAGCGCAACUGGUCAUCACUCUUGUAAUGGUCAGCGUUAUACAAAAGUUAAGUCCACAUUUUUCUUUUGCAAGAUGGCUCUUGUGUUCUACUGGAUUGACACGCUAUCUGUAUCCAACAGAUCAGCAACUUAGAACAUUAGCUGGUGUGCCAAAGGAGAAACCAAAGAGAGGAAAACACAGUGAGAACGGCAAAGUGGGAGAUGUGUUUCAUGUUCCUAGAAAUUUAGAUAUCCAGCUUGAAAGUGCACAAGUGACUGCACUCGAUAUUGUGCAUUUAAAAUAUUAUACUGAAUAUCAAUGGCUGUUGGAUUUCUCUUUAUAUGCUACUAUUGUUUAUAUAUUGACAGAGGUAUACAGUUAUUUAUAUCCAAUCAAAGAUGAGAUUAAUCUCAGUGUACUGUGGUGUUUGGUAGUUUUGGGUUUUGCAUUUAAAGUACUACUUUCCCUUUGGGUACAAUAUUUCAAAGGAGAGGAAAGUGUAGGUGAAAGAUCUACAUGUAUUGUUACUGGAUGCAUAUCUUCUUUGCUUAUUGCUAUGAUGGUACUUAUAGUUGAUGAAAAAGUGGAAAUCGGCUUGGAAAAGGCAUAUACAAGUUUUAAUUAUAGCGCUUCUCGAUUUUUAGAUACUCAAGGACUUUCUUCCACGGGGCCAGCUUCAAAAAUAGUUGUAAAGUUUUUUCUCGCUAUAUGGUGUGGUCUAUUGGGAUCGUUAUUCACUUUCCCAGGAUUAAGAGUAUCAAAAAUGCAUUGGGAUACAUUAAGGUAUUAUAGAGACCACAAAGUAUUGUUAUUAAUAGCAAAUAUUAGCUAUGUCUCACCAUUGCUAUUGAUUAGCUUAUGGAUUACACCUAUCAGCAGGGAUUAUUUGACCGUUCGAAUAUUUAGCGGUAUGACUGAUCCGUUAAUGACAGCUGCAAGCUUUGAAAGCAUGAGAUUGAUUAUUAUCGUCGUUGCAGUUUUAUUAAAGAUGAUACUCAUGCCAAUAUAUUUACAAUCUUACUUAAAUCUCGCCAUACAAAGAUUAGAAAUACAAAAAGAAGCUGGUAGAAUAACUAAUGUUGAUUGCAGAAAAAGGUAUAUUGCAGCUGUAUAUUAUUAUCUAUGUGUGGUUGCGCUACAAUUUGUUGUUCCAAUAAUUAUGUGUCUAUUUUUUACAUUUCUCUACAAAACGCUCGGUGGUUUUACUUGGGAAGGUAUUUUAAAAGGAACGCUAGAAGAAGAGUGUCCAGCAGACGAAUUACCGAAAUCAUUCUUAUUGCACACGAGCAAUGAUAAUACUGAUAAGACUGUUAUAGAAACUGCUGAAGCUCAUCUUGCACUAAGUUCAUUAAAGCAGAUCUUUACUACAGAUGUUUACAGGGGUAUCUUAGGAUUGGCAACAUGGUGGAGUUGCUUUGCAUUAUUUGCGACUAGCGCUAUGGGAAUGUUUUAUCAAUCAUAUUUCUCCAACAUAUGAAAAGAUCUAUUAAGAGAAAUUCGGAACAUCGCACAAAUCUCCAUUAAUUCAUCCAGAAAUUAUCAGUCAUUAUUAAAAUCAUAGCAUUGUCCAUUAAAAUACAUAUUUUCAGAUUAUCUAUUUUAACAUAUGCCUACUGUCAAAUAAUUAGAAUGACAAUUUAUGAUGUAAGAUUAUUAUGUAAAAUUAUUAUAUGUAAAAUUUUGUAAUACAUAUGGCAAUAAAUAUAAUACCAGUUGUAUUAUAGAUGAAGACAACUUUUUGAAACUUAAAAUUUCGGUCUUGUUAAAAAUAUUAUAGUAUAUUAACAAGUUUUUUUUAUAUGGCAUAUAGAUAAAAACAAGAUUAAGUUAGUAAUGUUCUCGUGAAUGUUUUCUGUAGUACAAUCGUUGUAGUGAUUCUAUUUGACAAAAAUUUCAUGUAAACAUAAAAAAAAUAAAAACGUUAGCAAUGAAA